AGUUACAUAACCUAGUAGUUACUUAUGUAAUUAAAUGUACCUACUACCUACAUAUACCUAGUAGUAGGUACUAUGUAGUGCAUCUCUAUUGACGAAGCUCUUUGCAGCCUUGUGAACGAACUCCAGCUUCUCGACAAACCACCAUUUCAUCUCAUUCCUAUCCCGAUAGCCUUGCAAUUCUACGACAAAAUCUUUCUAUCCAAUUCCUCCCUCAUCAGUACAGACGAAACAAUUACCCAUCAUGUCUAUAACGCCUACCAUAACGUUCAAGGCGGGCAUAUGCGACGUUGAUACCUCAUCGAGGCCUUACAAAAUUCAGGCUUCGCCGCGACCGGGAUAUAUAUAUCUCUAUUCCGAAGAUGAUCUCUUCCACUUCUGCUGGCGAGAACGCAGUGCCUCCCUUGACCGGCCCGAGCUAGAUCUCGUUAUGGUACCAACCGAUGGCCACUUUGUACCAUACGACCCUAAAACCCAACCCAACGAAGCCACUAAACCGAACGGCCGCGUCUUCGUUCUAAAGUUCCUUUCCUCAUCCCAGCGCUACCUGUUCUACCUACAAUCGAAGCCCCAAGGCCGAAAUGGUGACCCGCGCUGGUUCAGCCCUCGUGAUUUGCGGAUUGGUCAAAUCGUCGACAAGCUCCUACAGGGCGAGGAGGUCGACGUCGCUCGCGAACUAGCGUCCAUCAACAACAAUGACAACGAUGACCGACGUGGAGAUGAUGAUGACGAUGAUGAGCCUAUGGAAGAUGUCGAAGGCCGUGGAGAUUUCAGCGAGCCCCGUGGAGGUAGCGGAGGCGCAGGCGCGGGUGCCACUGGAGGGGAUGUCCGAGAAGAGGGCGAGGGUGCGCGAGAGGGAGGUGCCGACGGUGCUAGAGCUGCUGCCUCUGGAACCAACGAUGCUGCCACAGCAGUGAGGAAUUUCCUAGACUCGCUAAGAGGAAAUGCGACGAGUCAAGGGAACCAAGGGGAGGGCAAGCUCUAUCCACUUCUUUCGGAUCUCCUCACACCCCCGGUCACAGUACCCAUGGCCCGGCUAGCCACGGAGGAACAAGUGGAUAAUCUGCUCAACUUCUUGCCCCCUUCCAUCCUGGUGCUUUCCCAGCAAGCCGACCUGGGUAACAGCGACACUGCAGCUGAGCCUACUGCCGCCGCCAUACAAGCUGCCAAGGAAGCGAUGAGUCUGGGUCAGAAGAAGGCCCUGCUGGAGAAGGUGUUGCGCAGUCCCCAGUUCCACCAGAGUCUAGCGAGCCUGACGAUGGCUAUUCGAGAUGGCGGCUUGCCUACCAUUGCUGACGCGCUAUCUAUUGACGUGGAGAACGGCGGAUACUUGAGGGGCAGCCAAAUGCCUCUGGGUGGCGGGGAUGCCGUGGAAGCCUUCGUCGAGGGGGUUAAGAAGAGCGUGCAAAGAGGUAGUAGAUGAACUGGGCUUGGCUAUGGAGGUGUCUGCACGCGCUUGAUUAGUGGAUAUGUGCUACGAGUGCAGUGUUAGAAAGGCCACUUGGAGAGGCCUUACGUGGUAUCUUCAUCGAUGACUACCUCUAGUGAACUCUAUUCUCUACGAUUCCUUACCAGAUGAACCCCUCGCUCCACCAGUGACAAAAACCAU